AUGGACGAUGAACUUCCCUCAGCAGAGGGCAUGCUCCCGACGGGGUCUUCCUACGGGGCCUGCGAGAGGUCAGAUGAGGAAGCUGGAAAGGUAGUGCGACGCAAAGCCGCAAACAUGGCUGGUUUGGAGGAAAUUGGCGGCUUCUGCGGUGGCCUGAUGAACGACUACCGGCGUAGAUCCAAAUUCCUGGAAUCGGAUUGGAUCACAGAUGCCUUUACAGCCAAGACAGUCUCCGCGGCUUUGUUUAUGUUCUUCGCAACCUUCACCUCUACUUUGGCCUUGGGCGAACAUAUCAAGGAGUCCACGAAUGGGCUAAUUGGUUUGAAUGAGUAUCUGAUGAUGAACAGUGCGGCUGGCAUGAUUCAUGCCAUCAUCGGCUGUCAGCCCUUGUUGGUACUUCGACCCACCGGUCCUAUUACUUUGCUUUUCGAGAAACUCUUGGACUUUGCAACAGCGCAAAGUUUGCCUUUUUGGCCCUUCUUUGCCUGGACCGGCAUCUUUGUGGGGCUUUUGAUGUUUCUAAUCUCGGCUUUGGAGCUCUCCAAAUAUGUGAAGUACUUGACACUCUUUACCGAAAACAUUUUCGCCACCUUCAUUGGGAUCGUCUACAUCAACGAUGGCAUCCAAGGCAUGGUGCGCUUGUGGGAAGAUUCAGGUACAUCCCCUGGCCAUGCCGAACAGUAUGGAAGCCAAGAUGCAGCAUCCAAACUGUUGACCUUGAACAUGACGAUCGGCUUUACGGCGUUGACCUUGUGGUUUACAGCCUUGCAGUCCUCCAGGCUCUUCAGCUUCCGUGCCCGCAGCUUUCUGAGGGACUAUGCUCUGACAAUCACGCUCUUCGUGUCAAUCCUCAUCGCAAGGCAUUUGAAUCAACAUCUCUUCCCUGUGACCUUCAUUGACACUGAGAGCAGCGGCUUCAAUACAACCAGUUCGCGUGCCUGGCGCAUCGAUCUGACCGCCAUCUCUGUGAAGGGUAUUGGCUGUGCUGCAGUGGCAGCCUUUCCCGUGGUGGUGUUUUUCUACCUGGACCAAAAUAUCUCAAGCAGCCUUUGCCAAAAGCCGGAGAUGAAACUUGCGAAGGGCAGCUACUUCCACUCUUCAUUUGCUUGCUUGGCUGCCUUCAACAUCUUCGGUCCCAUGUUUGGCCUGCCGUUUGUGACGGGAUCGCUGCCACAUUCACCGCAGUUCGUCCUCUCCUUGGCCGAGCGAGACGAGGAGCAGCAGAUUACACAUGUGAGGGAGAACCGCCUGGCACCACUUCUUUGUUACUUCCUCAUUGGACUGCCCUUAUUGAUGCCCACGCUCCUGCAAUCAGUGCCGAAAGCUGCGGUCUUUGGCACAUUGAUCUUUGUUGGAAUUGAUGGCAUUCAAAGUACCCAACUGUAUGAGCGGUGCUUGCUGAUGCUGACAGAUCCCCGUUUCGUGCCGAAGAGGUCUGUGUUUCAAUCGGUGUCUCUGGGGACCAUCCAGAUCUUCUCGCUGAUCCAGAUUGCCCUGGUGGUGGCAUGUUGGAUGGUGAACUACUAUUUUGGCCUUUACUUUCCUCUCUUCUUCAUCAGCCUUGCUCCCUUCAGGCGUUACUUGAUUCCAUGCAUUUUUAGUGAGCGGGACCUGAAGCAUCUGGAUCACAGCUUGGAUGACAGAGACACCUCGGCCAAAGCUCCGGGCUUCACUCGGCAAAGCUCGAUCUUCAAAGAUAUGUCUCCUUGA